CGGCGAGCGGCGCGGCGGAUGGAGAGUCUGGCCGCGGCCGGCGGCGCCGCCUCCUUGUCGGGCCGGGCACGGCGGGCCGGGGCCUUUGUGUGAGGCGGCGGCGGCGAUGGUGCUCGGGCCCCGCGGAGCCGGAUUAACUGUGCUGAUAAGAAGGCAACUUCAUAGGAGCUGCUAAGAUGGGCAUGAGGAUCAAACUGCAAAGCACCAACCACCCCAACAACCUGCUGAAGGAACUCAACAAGUGCCGGCUCUCGGAGACCAUGUGCGAUGUCACCAUUGUGGUGGGGAGCCGCUCCUUCCCAGCCCACAAAGCUGUGCUGGCCUGUGCGGCUGGCUACUUCCAGAACCUCUUCCUAAAUACUGGGCUCGAUGCUGCCAGGACCUAUGUGGUGGACUUCAUCACACCCGCCAACUUUGAGAAGAUUCUGAGCUUUGUCUACACAUCGGAGCUCUUCACGGACCUCAUCAACGUUGGGGUCAUCUAUGAGGUAGCGGAGCGUCUGGGUAUGGAGGACCUCCUCCGGGCCUGUCACUCCACCUUUCCUGACUUGGAGAGCACUGCUGUGGCCAAGCCCCUGACCAGCACCAGUGAGAGCCACUCGAGCUCCCUGAGUUGUAGCUCAGCAGAACCUCCCCAUCCCCUCGGAGAACUCCGGGGUGCUGGGGAACCCUUUGGGCCUGAGAGAAACUAUGUCUUACCGAGUGAUGCUGGAGGAAGCUAUAAAGAGGAAGAGAGAAAUGUUUCUAGUGACACUAACCAUAGCCUGCCUCAGCCUCAGCAGCCACUGCCACCAAAGACAGAAGACCGCGAUACUCCUGCUCCUUUCACGUCUGUACCUAACAUGGUGACUCAGCCCGUCCUAGGCACUGUCGGCGUGGGCAUCCAAACGAGCACAAGCUCCUGCCAGCCAUACAAAGUUCAGAGCAAUGGAGACUUCAGUAAAAACAGCUUCUUCCCCCCUGACAAUGCAAUAGACAUUACCACUGGGACCAACUCCUGUCUGAGCAAUAGUGACCACUCCAAAGAUCCAGGCUUUGGGCAGAUGGAUGAGCUCCAGCUGGAGGACCUGGGGGAUGAUGAGUUGCAGUUUGAAGACCCCACCGAGGAGAUAGGCACAGCGGAGGAGGUGAUUGAGUUGAGUGACGACAGUGAGGAUGAGCUGACUUUUGGAGAGAAUGACAGCCGAGAGAAUAAGGCCAUGCCCUGCCAGGUGUGCAAGAAAGUUCUAGAGCCCAAUAUUCAACUGAUCCGACAGCAUGCUCGGGACCACGUGGACCUGCUGACAGGCAACUGCAAGGUCUGUGAGACCCACUUUCAGGACAGAAACUCCCGGGUGACUCACGUUCUGUCCCACAUUGGUAUUUUCCUCUUCUCCUGUGACAUGUGUGAAACAAAGUUCUUUACCCAGUGGCAGCUGACCCUUCAUCGACGGGAUGGAAUAUUUGAGAACAACAUCAUUGUCCACCCCAAUGAUCCCCUACCUGGGAAGCUGGGUCUGUUUUCAGGGGCAGCCUCCACAGAGCUGAAAUGUGCUGCCUGUGGGAAGGCAUUGGCCAAAGAUUUCCAUGUGGUCCGGGGCCACAUCCUUGACCAUCUAAACUUGAAGGGCCAGGCCUGCAGUGUCUGUGACCAGCGCCACCUCAACCUCUGCAGCCUCAUGUGGCACACUCUCUCCCAUCUCGGCAUUUCAGUUUUCUCCUGCUCUGUCUGUGCAAACAGCUUUGUGGACUUGCAUCUCCUCGAGAAGCACAUGGCUGUGCACCAAAGCCUGGAAGACACCGUCUUCCGCUGCCACUUGUGCAGCCAGAGCUUUAAGUCGGAGGCUGCCUAUCGCUACCAUGUCAGCCAGCACAAAUGCAACAGUGGCCUUGACCCACGGCCUGGUUUUGGGCUACAGCACCCAGCUCUCCAGAAGCGGAAGCUGCCAGCAGAGGAUUUCCUGAGUGAGGAGCUGGCUCUGCAGGGCCAACCUGGAAACAGCAAGUACAGCUGCAAGGUCUGUGGCAAAAGAUUUGCCCACACAAGCGAGUUUAACUACCACCGGCGGAUCCACACGGGUGAGAAACCAUACCAGUGCAAGGUAUGCCACAAGUUUUUCCGAGGCCGCUCAACUAUCAAGUGCCACCUGAAGACGCACUCAGGGGCCCUCAUGUACCGCUGCACGGUCUGUGGCCACUAUAGCUCCACCCUCAACCUCAUGAGUAAGCACGUUGGCGUGCACAAAGGCAGCCUCCCGCCCGACUUCACCAUUGAGCAGACCUUCAUGUACAUUAUCCAUUCCAAAGAGGCUGAAAAGAACCCUGACAGCUGACUGGGUCCCAGCAGAGCUGGGGGGGUCUCCCAGGUGGCAGCCAGGACGUUGAUUUUCUAAUGGCUGUUGGUCUCUCCCCAGCUGAAGUUACAAUUUUGCCUUGUUAGGAAUUCUGUCUUGUAUUUAAAGAAGAAAAAGAAGAAAUAGCACAUGAGCUGUUACUGUUUUUGAGAAGCAACGGCCCUAUCAUGUUUACCUCCUUACCGAUUCUUGCCCUUGAGGGCUGUGUUUUUGGUUCUUUUGAGGCUGGUCUUGGGAUCUCGUCAGGCAGGUGCCAACUAGAUCCCCUUCCCCAGCUUCUUGAGUUUUAGUUUACUGAUCGGUUUUAUGCUGCUAAGAAUCCAACCAACAGCCUCACUGGAUAGAGGGGGUGGAGAGAGGUUUUCACUGUGGGUAUUACUGCCAGAUUUCCAACUGGGAUAACCAGCUAUGAGAGAGAUUUUGGGAAUGUCAUUCAGAAAAGACUAGUCAGCAGGGCAGCUCACCUCAGGUUCCAGGCCCAGCCCUCAGCAGGGAAAGGUGUCAGGAACAGAGGUGCCUGCUUGUUCCAUGGCUCUGAUCUGCUGACUGGACAGUAAAAUCUUUUGGCAGCUAGAUCCAGACUGGGGACUAAGCUUUCUAUUUAGGUUAGAAAGCUUUGGGAUGAAUCCUUGCCAGCCGUCAGUCCUGCAGUGCCAUCAGAAGUACCAGCCUGGAUGGAUAGCAAGGGAGGUUUCUGUUUUCCUCCUCAGUUCCAAAGAAACAUGAUAUGGAGUGAUGGCCCAGGACAUCCGGCCUUCUCUGACAGGGAGCCAUUUUGAUAUCGUCAUCUGUUAUCUGGCUGCCUCCAUGGACCUUGAGUUUCCUGAUAGAGAGGUGGGGAUGUCUCUGACAGCAGCAGCCUUGCCUUAAUUUAUGUGCAGUCUCCCACUUAGAAGUGUGUUUGGCUUAUGGUGUAGAUGAGAAGACCCCACGAGAAGACCCCACGAGGUGGUGGAGUGGUGGAUAUGAGCCCUUUCAGGGUUAAAGGGACCAAGUAACUGGUGGCACGUAGUGGGAUGUGCGUUCUGUCUAUCCCAGUUGGGUAACCUGUUGUUUACUUUGUGCAACUGGGCAGGAGCUUUGGCAGCUCACCUUUGACCUGCUGGAAUUUAUCCUGAUCUGUCUUUGCAUUUCCGCCAGGGGGUGCUAUCGGUUGGUGAGCUGGUUCAGACCCUCCCUAGGUGGCUGGGAAAUGUGUCUGCCUGGUCCACGGGGCUGAUUGGUCUUGUUCUUGUUGGCUUUUGAGGGGUCUUGCCCAAAGAAGGCUUGAGGGAGAGGGCCCUCAAUCUUGUAGACUCACUAGGUGGCACCUCAGUAACUCAUACUACCUCACCUGCUCAGGCGAGCUCUGGAAGUCCCUGGCCUCGGCCCUGACACUGCCCCGGUGGGACUCAGCAGCACUGCGGGCUGUUUCACAGCAAGUGGUUUUAAUUAACUAACAACGCCUUUUUGGAUGUUAAUAUUUAUUUAUUUUUAUUUUUGUAUACAUAUUACCCAGCAUCUCUUUUGGAUAAGAGACUUCAGGAAAAUGAGUUUCUCCCCAGCACGGAGCCAUAUUCCAGGGGACAGUCCUGGCCAGAGAUUUGGGAAAUCGGCUAGAACUGGGGGAGAAUGUGUCAAGCUUCUAAACAAACAAGUUCUUUUCUUUAUCUCCAGAUAGUCUCUUGCAGAAUAAAGCCAGGGAACUCUUUAGGUAAUAAAUGUAAAUUCUAGAAAGUUGGGGCUUGUUAAAUUCCUAGGCCUUUCAUUCUCCUUCCAUCCUAUGAUGGAGUAGAUUAGGGACUGAGUUGAGGGGAUCAAGUCACACGAAGGAUCUGUUUUGCACAUUUUCUCAUUCUUCCGAAACUUGGAAAGUUAUAUGAAGUCAUACAGGAAAACCCUGUUGGACCUGCUGCCUCUCUCUCUAGCCCGAAACUGUUAAAGCCUCUGAAUUGGAGUGCAUGGCUCUCCGGUGGGGUGACCAUUACAUGAGGGACUUGUACAAGUGGCCACCUUUUACCAUCUAUACCCCACCUUGUUAAACGUUCCUUUGGGAAUUCUUAUCAGGAAAGCAGUACUGAGACUUUUCAUCCCUGACCAGUUUCUCCCUCUGUCUCCCACACUGACCAUUAGAAGUUUAAGAAGGAAAAUGUGUACAAGACUACCAUCAAGUGUCUACUAAGCUUCUCAAGCCUGAGUGAUUCCUCCCAGACUGUUGGUGAGGACUGAUUUUUGAAUGGCCGGAUUUAAGAGAGGUGGUACUUACUGGAACCCAACCAGAUAGCCGAGAAUGGAUCAGUAUGCUGGAGAAACCGUUUUCCUAAACGGAGGGUGUCAUGGAUGCUGGGUAGUCUGUAUACUUAACCUGAAACUGUGAAGUAUUCCCUUUUUGCCAGUAAACCAAAAAGCAAAUCCUUGAAACUUUGCCCCUGAAACACUAAAAAAAACCUGCACCUCCCUGAUCCUCCUGAGGCCAAGUGGUUGUUCAGGUUGGCACAGUUGGUUGCAGUUAGACAUGUAGCAGGUUCAGCAGCUCAUGAGGCUCAUUGACCAAACCCUGUUUCUCCACGUGUCCCCCAUAUUCACACCUGAGCCCUCCCUCUGUUUGGAGUCAUGUUUACUGCCUCGGCCUCUCACUCACCCUUUUCUGAAAUGUUUUACUUGAAACUCUAUUGUGGCAAAGGGCACUCUAGGAUCCCUGGUGGAAGGUAUUCGUUUUAUUUUGAGUUUUUAUUUUUUCAAUCUUCUGUUCAUUUGAAUUUGUUGCACCCUCUGCCCUGGAGCCCAGUUUAGUACCGUCUCCUGCUGUAUUGUUCUGAGGUUCUGUUUGACCCUUGAAUGUCUUGUCUUCUCCCUUUUCCUCCUGUUUCUUGUUCUAUACCCUGGACCGACUACAUAAUUGGCAGUGCCCUUUGUUUAAAAAAUUAAGAAUUUCAAGAUGGCAACUAUAGAGCAUUAAAGCAAGCACGAGGCCAUUCCCAACCUGUUUCCUGAGGGGAGGGUAAUACUUGUAUGGCACACUGGGGUAAACAGCAGAGGCUGCAUGUGGCCAGAGGAGGGGAUCAGGGUCCUAGCUCUCCUGGGACGCACUGAUGACUCACUGAUGCCACAGCACCCACUGAGAAGCUCUGCGUUACCCUCAUAUUUAGUCCUGCAUUUUAAGAUUCCAUGGGUUCUCUAUAGUUCACGUUAGUUGGGAAGAAAGGAAUUGGGGGUGGGGAGUUUCUGGUCCAGGUGAACCCUAAGAACCAGAAAAUGGGUAAAAGUUCUUUUUGACUUCUGAUCUGACAGCAAGCACCCUUUUGUCUCCAGGACAAGCCUUUGGGCUUAAAUACCUUCUCCCCAGUCAGGUUUUGCUACUGAUAAGUUUUCUUUCUCUUCUGACCUCCUGCUGUGCCCUAUUUUCCCAGACUACUCAACUGUGGAAGUGAAUUUAAAUCCCUUUAUGGAUGGACACUGAUUUUGUUGGCACGAAAGGAGGCUGUGUGGAGACGUCUGUGCCCAUCUGCGAGUCUCUACACAUCCAUUUUCCUAAAACCUGCACGAGUGAGUCAGGAAGCAGGGCACACAGCAUUCGUUUCAAUGUGAUUCCUCGCCAUAAACUUGACAUCAGGAUGGAAAUAAAACUUUGGAUUUCAGUGUUUCUUUAACACCCUUCCCGUGUCCAGUCCACCCUCCCCUCCCACCUCUACUAGCUAAAGUCUCUUAUGAAAUGGAGAAGAGUUGUUGACGUCUAACUCCUUCCAUUAAAUUAAUAAGUACUGACCUCCUAAUAUUUAAGUGUUUACUAUCUAUUGCUGUAAAGUUUUGUAUAUUUUGUAAACUUUUCCCCCCAAAUAGUAGAUGUCUAAAAUCGUUGUACAUCUGAUUUUUUUAUAUUCCAUUGUUCGGC